UGAGAACAGAUCCACUCUCUGCAAUGUACACCCAUAGGGAAGAGCAAAGCUAAGCUGCUAUUAGUAUCCAUUUAAUACAUUGCUCCCUCUUCUCCAAACUGCUGGUUCCGUCUGCAGCUAAGCUGAUUUUUUUUCCUGUUUUAAAAAUAGCAUGCACUAGUGCAGUCCAUCCCUUCCCCCCUGCAUACCCCCCAGCCCAGCCUAUGAAGUGGUUCUGAAAAGACUUCACUUUGUUGCUGACGUUCUGCAUACAGUGCAAACAUUUACUAGACGAAAUAGCAGAGGAAGCUCAGUACUGUUGUCAGUCCACAGGGAAGCGAGACGUAUGCAAGGAAUAGCAUGUCUAUAGAGCCUGCACCACCGCAUAGUCGCAAGAGGAAAAGGACCGUAGACAGUGCGGAACAGUACCCUGCGAAGAGAAGCACAAGCUGGGGUAUCCUCACUAACCAAGGAUCAUGGGCCGAUCGAUCGCCUCUACAUGAAGCGGCAAGCCAGGGAAGGCUGCUUGCAUUGAAAACCUUGCUUUCUCAAGGCUACAAUGUGAACACGUUAACCAUUGAUCAUGUGACCCCACUACAUGAAGCUUGCUUGGGAGAUCAUGUCGGAUGUGCAAGGACACUUCUGGAAGCCGGUGCAAAUGUGAAUGCUACAACUAUUGACGGAGUGACUCCUAUAUUUAAUGCAUGUUCAAGAGGCAGCGCUAAUUGCGUGGAACUCCUAUUGGAGUAUGGUGCAAUGGCACAGCUAGAGACAUGUCUCCCGUCACCUGCUCACGAGGCAUCAAGUAAAGGUCACACUGACUGUCUAGAAGUAUUAAUAUCCUGGGGUAUAGACGUGGACCAAGACAUUCCUUACCUAGGCACUCCUCUUUAUGUAGCAUGUAAAGGGCAGCACAUAGCUUGUGUAAGGAAACUUUUAUAUGCAGGUGCUGAUGUACAGCAUGGCAGGCAUCUGGACACCCCAUUACAUGCAGCAGCGCAGCAGUCUAGUGCGGAUAUUGUAAGUUUAUUGCUUGACUUUGGUGCUGAUAUCAAUGCAAAAAACACAGAUUACAAGCGUCCAGUGGAUGUCGCUGCCACAAGAAGUUCAGUGGAAAGACACCUGCUUCAAUAUGAGGCAAAUCCAUGUUCACUUUGUCAGCUCUGCAGACUCAGUAUCCGGAAAUGCGUCGGACAGUCUAGAUUACAUCUUAUUCCACGCCUCCAGUUACCAACUAUCCUGAAAAACUUCUUACAGUAUCGAGAAAGUAUAAGGAACUUUUAAUACUUUUUUUUAAAUUGUGUACGUCAAGUAUAUUGUAAAACAUGACAAUAUAUAUCACUUACUGUAGACUGUAUAUUUGUCUCAGAAAAAUAUUGCACUUGGGAUUCUAAGGAAUAUAUUGGUUUAACUGGAAUGAACUCACUUUAUAUGUGUUUCUGGUAUUGUCAUGCACACUGCUAAAUGGCAUCCCAACAGAAACUUCCCAAUCAAGUAGAAACCUCUUUUCCCUUUGUGAGACCCAUUUUGGGUCUAUUUACACGGCACAGUCAAAUUGUGGCUUUAGCAGCAAUUUUUGUAAAA